AUGGCUGGUAAAACCCCUGGAGCUCAACCCGCUGCUGCUCUUGAGCCGGAAACACCGAGUGCCAAAAGCACUGUUUCCCCCAAGAAGUCUGUCAAAGCACCAAAAGGCAAACAAAAGUCUGCUGCUGUAGUUCCAAAAGUAUCAGCUCCGAUCUUACCUCAACAAGCAACCUCGUCGACACGUCAAAUCCCGCUCGAUUCACGCUGGUCGGUCAUUCCCGCAGCACAGUACAAUUCUGCCAUGUCAGCGCUCAUCAGCUGCAUCCCAAAGACCGCAGUCCUACCCAUGAACGACUCCACGACCAAAUCCCUCACCAUAGCUCCUACGACAGCACCAAGCCACAGCUCCACGCUCCAGAGAAGACGCGCAGUAGCGCUCGACUGCGAAAUGGUACGCAUCGGCCACAACAUUUCCGAACUGGCCCGUCUUUCCGCCAUCGACUACCUAACCGGCGAAAUCCUAAUCGAUACCCUCGUCCGCCCCCUCCACGCCGUCACAGACUGGCGCACACAGUGGAGCGGCGUAACAGCGCAAGCCAUGAACGCCGCCGUCGCGUCCGGCACAGCACUGCAGGGGGCCCCAGAAGCCCGAACCCAACUCUUCACCUUCGUCGACACGGAAACGGUGCUCGUCGGCCACGCGCUGCACCACGACCUCGCCGCGCUGGGCAUCUGCCACCAGAACGUCGUCGACUCUGCGGCGCUGGCGAGCAAAGCCGUCGCCAUGGGCGCGCGGAAACAGUGGGGUCUCCAAGCGCUCUGCGCGGAACUACUCACUCUCUCGGUCCAGGGCCACGGGAGCCAAGGGCACGAUUCGGUCGAGGACGCGCUCGCGGCUCGAGAGGUGGUGCUGUGGAGUCUGCGGAAUCCGGGGCCGUUGAAGGCGUGGGGGAAGAGGAAGAAGAUGGAGAUGUUGGAAGAGGAUAGGCUUAGGAAAGCUAGACGGGAUGCUAAGAGGCUGGCAAGAGCGCCGCGGAUCGAGUAUACGUAUCCGGAUCCGUGGGAUUACUCUGAUGCGUCUGGGGUUUAUGAUGUCAGCUUGCGGGAGCUCAAUGAGAUGUGUGGAUACCCCGUGUGGUACGAUAACUGGUCCGACUGA